AUGCUUGAAAAUCUGAAAGCCAGUUCUGAGAACCGUGAGGAUAUAGCACUUUCUGAAAAUGUUCCGGUUAUAACUUCUUUUAAGGAGAUGGGUCUCAAAUCAGAUCUUCUCCGUGGAAUCUACGACUAUGGUUACGAGAGACCGUCUUUAGUUCAACAACGCGCCAUCAGUCAAAUCAUACGAGGUCGUGACGUCGUGGUUCAAGCCCAGAGCGGAACUGGUAAGACGGCAACUUUUUGCAUUGGCACGCUUCAACUGCUGGAUCCCUCUCGAAGGGAAACGCAAGCCUUGUUUCUCGCUCCUACUCGGGAAUUGGCCUCACAAGUUCAUCGGGUAGUCACGGCACUGGCAGACCACCUCUCUAUCAAAUGCGUGCUAUGUUGCGGUGGGAGGAAUAAUGUCGGUCAGAUGAGCAAAAGUCUGGGCCUGGGCUAUCAGAUUGUUGUCGGUACCCCCGGUCGUAUUUUGGAUCUCCUUCGAAGUGGCUUUCUGAAACCGUCCAAUCUGCGGAUCACUGUUAUAGAUGAAGCAGAUGAGAUGCUAAACCGGGGUCUUCGAGAGCAACUCGAGCUGAUUUUCAAGUAUCUUCCCGCUAAGACAAGGAACGCGGAAGUGGAGCCUUCUCAGGGUGUUGUGAAGUCUCCAAUGCAAAGAGUCGUGGUUUCUGCUACAUGGACAUCUGGGUGUCGAGAUGUGAUGGAACAUUUCCUCGGAAACCCCGUCUGCUUACUCGUCCCUCAGGAUGAGUUGAGUCUGUCGGGCAUAACGCAGUAUUACAUCGACACAGCUAGUGAGGAGUGGAAAUUCGAGACACUUACCGACAUCUUCGCCUCAAUAUGCGUCCCGCAGACAGUAAUUUUUGUGAACACCCGACAUAAGGCGGACUGGUUAUCGGGGCGACUGUGCGUAGACGGCUUUACGGCGACUGCUGCUCACGGCGAUCUCGAUCAGGCAACAAGAGAUCGUGUAAUGAAUGCGUUUCGGGCAGGUAGAAGUCGUGUUCUCGUCACCACGGACAUCUGGGCGCGUGGAAUUGAUGUACAGACGGUAGGCCUGGUGGUGAAUUAUGAUCUGCCGCAGACAGCAGCAGUCUACCUCCAUCGGAUCGGCCGGUCUGGUCGUUUCGGUCGUCGCGGCUUGGCCAUUAGCUUUGUGGCUGGUGGCGACGAUGCAGCCCACCUCGAUAGCAUCGCAAAGACAUAUAGCAUCACCAUUGCCCCAACCCCUGCAAACCUGGCCGAUCCUACAAGCCUGCUAGAAUUAGAAAAAACUCAGUUUGUGCCCUCCUUAGAAAAAGGCAAACAGAAAUCUACGACAAUGAAUUUUAGUACAGGUCACAAAACUUCAGUGGCAACACCGAUGUCAGCCUCGAAAAAACGGAAGCUGAAGGUUAGGCCCGCAGGCGCGGUUUACGACCAACAAAUCACUCUGGUGGCUCGACGGUUCAACCAAUUAGAGCCUACUUAG